AUAGUUCUCAUUUUGAAACAGUUUGCCUGCAAAUCGAAUGAAACAUCCACCGUCAUAAAUUAUCAUCAAACGUCUACCUGUUUGUCGUUUUAAGUUUUCACCUUGCCAAGGUUGGUUUGAGCAAAAAUUACAAUUCUAAUUUCAGGGCCUGGAGUUCACAGUUUGAAGAAUUGAAAUGAAGAAACCUGAGCCUGCAAUUGCAACUUCGAAUAAGAUCAGAUUCGAUGAUGGGGAUACCCAUGAAUCUUCUGAAGAUGAGGAGGAGGAGAUUGAGCGGGAGCUUGCCGAUGUGACAUUCGAAGAGCUGCUGAGAGCUCGGUCUGAUGGAUCGGAGAUGGUGUACAGGAAGCCCAAUGCAGAGAAAAACAGCAGCCGAGCCAAUAAGAACAGACCUAUGGAGAUGAGCAGCAAGAAGCCUGUCAGCAGAUUCAGAGAAGUCGUCCAAGUUCCAAAGAAAGUGGCACGUGAUCCUCGUUUUGAAUUAUUGUACGGUGAACUUGAUGUAGAAGGGCAUAGAUCUAUGAAACUGUUACCUUUCGGGAAAAAAAAUUAUUUAUCUUGUGGUACAACUCGGAACUUGAAAAAUGAAUUGCCUGCUGAGAAAAAGGCAUUAAAGAAAAGGAUGAAAGAAGAAAAAGAUCCAGAAGUUAUAAUUGAGCUCAAGAAUCGUAUAACUCAGAUGGAUAGAGAAUUGAAAUCUGGAGUAACAAAGCGUACCGAUAAGGAAAUUAUAGCCGAGCACAAGAAGAAAGAGAGAGAAGCUGCAAAGAAAGGGGAACGACCUUAUUAUCUGAAAAAAUCUGAUAUUAGGAAGCAAAAGCUCAUCCAGAAGUACGAGGAACUCAAGGGGGCUGGCAAACUCGAGUCUUUUCUUGACAAAAGAAGAAGGAAGAAUGCUGCAAAAGACCACAGAUACAUGCCAUAUCGACGUCCUACGGAGCAAUGAAGCGAAUAACGCUAAUAAUUCUAUUGCGACUGUACAUGCAUAAUUUUGGUGGGCUUAUGGGCUCAAACAUCGCAGCUAUACCAGUUUUCCUGUCGUCCUAAUGGGGCAUGUACACAGUACACAGAACGAGUAUGAAUUUGGAAAGGGUUUUGUGUUUAAAAAUGAAUAGGUCUAAAAGUCUGAAGAUUUUGAUUGUACUGAUUCUAAUUAUGAUUUUUAUGCCUAUUUUGUGCGAUAAUAAAAUUUAUUUUAUUUGAUUUGAGAA